AUGGCACGAUAUCGCGCGGGCGGUAAGGCUUCCCAACUGGCCCAACAUAGCGCGAGAACUGACGGUGACGGAAACCAAAGGCGGCACUUCAAGAACGACCGGGAGCCGUUCGCACUCACGGUCUUCGGGGCGACCAUCUACGUGGUCCUCACGGCCGGCGACGUGGCGACGGUGUUCAAGAGAACGGAGGCCCUGACGUUCGACCGCUACGUCAACGACAUCAUGGUGCAAAUCGGGCUGACGCCCGAGGCCAUCGCGAAGAUGUGGCAGCACCAGCCCUCGGGCGCCCGCAAAGGGCCUAUGGUGCCAAACCCAGGACGCAAGCCGCUGGUGCACCUGUCCGAGGCCAUCUUCAAGCACCAGCUGCACCCGGGCCCGCAGCUCGACGAGCUCCAGGAUGUGCUGCUGGGGCGCAUGCACGAGGUCAUGAGCUGGGAGGCCAUGACGCUCUCGUCGCGGGUGGUGCUCGGCCACCAGCAGCAGAACGGCAGGCGGCGCGUGUCACUGCUCGAGUGGAUCAAGUUCGCUAUGUUGGAAGGGGCGACGCGUGCCUUCUUCGGCGGGGCGCUGCUGGACAAGGUUGACGGCGGGUUGCUCGACGACUUUGCCGCCUUUGACGACCAGAGCUGGAAGCUGGUGUACCGGCUGCCACCGCCGUGGUCGACGGCCAUGGGGCGGUCGCUGCGGCGCGUGCGGGCCAGCUUCACGCGCUACUUCGAGAUGCCCAUGGAGCAGCGGGGCGACGCAUGCUGGAUGGUGCGGGCGCUGGAGUCGGAGAUGGCAGCAGCCGGCAUCGCGCCGCCCGACAUUGCGGCCAACCUGUUCCUGCUCUACUGGGUCAUCAACGGCAACGCGUGGAAGCUGGCCUUCUGGGUGGUGGCGCACCUGGCGCACCGGCCGGCGCUGCUGCAGACGGUACAAGGCGAGGUGCGGGUGGCGCUGGCGGCGGCGGCGUCGACGGCUGACCUCGCGGCGCGGCUCGAGGGCUGCCCGGCGACGGUGGCCGUCUACCACGAGGCGCUGCGGCUGGCGGCGUCGUCGAUGGGGGUGCGCGACGUCGUGGCGCCCGUUGUGCUAAGCGGCGGGCGCCAGCUGCGGGCCGGCGCCCGCCUGCUGAUCCCCUUCCGCCAGAUGCUGACCGACGCCACCGUCUGGGAUGAGCAGAACGACGACAGCGACGACGACGAGGCAGACUCGUUCGAUGCCGAGCGCUUCCUGCGCAGUCCCGAGCUUUCCGACGCGAAACGCAACCCCAGCUUCCGCCCGUUUGGCGGCGGGGCGACGCUGUGCCCUGGACGCUUCCUGGCCAAGCGCGAGGUCCUGACGUGCGUCGCGCAGGCCGUGGGGCGCUUCGAGCUGGCGCUGGCGGACCCGCUCGCGCCGUUUCCGCGAGUCGAGGGCCGGAUGCCCUGUCUGGGCGUUAUGAAACCCGUCGACGGCGACGACGUGACUCUUCUGGUUGUGCCCCGCUCCGAGUAG